AUGUUCGUUUCCUACCGUAUCCUCAUACUUUUAUCUUUGGUUGUCACUAUUUUUUCAUUAGAGUGCUAUACGGGCUUCACUUAUUUGAAGGCUCAAUCAGUUGGAACAUCUAAAGAAACAUGCUCUUCUCCAAAUGAUUACUGUUAUAAUAUGACAGCAGAUCUGACAUCAUUAAAUAAUGUCAAAAAAGCUACAUAUUUAGUUUGGAAGUCAUUAAAAACCUUUUGGAAAAGGGGUUUCUUGAUUUUUCUGGUUCAAAAAAGUUCAAAAAAAAAAUCGGAGCCGUGGGAGAGAAACUCCGGUGGUUGUGGCGGGAGACAAUUACCGUAA